UCACCAGUAAGCAGCUGGUUGAUUCCCAAUGCUGAGGCUAUUUGUGCACCAACAAGUCCGAGUUAUCAAUACUGUGCUGCCUUACCGCUGCCUAGUGCCCAUGGGUACCAUAGCUGUGAACGCUAUCCCUCACGGCACAGGCACCUUGCCAGUCCAUAUCCAACAUCCUACAUACACAGAAAUUACUCAACAGUGUCCAUUUCAGAAAACUCCAACAACAGCCUUCAGGCUUUACCAGCACAUGACAACUGGUCAACGUUGCCACCUCCACCAUAUGCCAACAUGUUACCAGUGACUCAUACAGCUGGAACUGGAUCUAAUGCCAGCCAUUAUACAUGCCACUGGACAGUUGGUAAUGGUUCUGUGACCCCAAGCAACACACUGAGCUCAGCUUCUGGAAACCCUCAAAGCCCAUUUAUUGGAGGAAGCCUGAGUUUGCCGACAACUGCUUCAUCCUUGGCCACUAUGACAAGUUCAAGUGAAACAGCAAUGGAGGUACUCAGUGACUCUCCACUCGCUAGACUGGCGGCAUCGUCAUGGAACUCAGCUUCAUCCUCAUUCUGA